CUCACUGCUGAUGAAGAGGUCAUUGCUCCGGGAGAGAAGAGCAGCGAGAACUAUCAGAUAGUCAAGGGGAUCCUGGAACGGCUGAAUAAGAUGUGUGGAGUUGGAGAACAAGUGCGGAAGAAACAGCAGCGCCUGCUGAAGAACAUGGAUGCCCACAAAGUGAUGCUGGAUCUGCUGCAGAUCCCGUACGAAAAGGGUGACACCAAGAUGAUGGAGAUCCUGAAAUUCACCCACCAGUUCCUGCAGAAGUUUUGUGCUGGCAAUCAGGAAAACCAGGCGCUUUUGCAUAAACAUCUCAACCUCUUCCUGACGCCAGGGCUCCUGGAGGCUGAGACGAUGCAGCACAUCUUCCUCAACAACUACCAGCUCUGCUCGGAGAUCAACGAGACGGUGCCGCAGCACUUCAUCCACUGCGUGGCCACCCACGGCCGCCACGUGCAGUACCUUGACUUCCUGCACACCAUCAUCAAGGCCGAGGGCAAGUACGUCAAGAAGUGCCAGGACAUGAUCAUGACCGAGCUCACCAAUGCCGGGGACGAUGUGGUGGUUUUCUACAAUGACAAGGCCUCGCUGGCCACCCUCCUGGAGAUGAUGACCGCAGCCAGGGACGGGGUGGAGGAGAACAGCCCCCUCAUGUACCACAUCUCGCUGGUAGACUUGUUGGCUGCCUGCGCCGAGGGCAAGAACGUCUACACGGAGAUCAAGUGCACGUCCCUGCUGCCUCUGGAGGACGUGGUGCGGGUGGUGACGCACGAGGACUGCAUAACCGAGGUGAAGAUGGCCUAUGUGAACUUUGUCAACCACUGCUACGUGGACACGGAGGUGGAGAUGAAGGAGAUCUACACCAGCAACCAUAUCUGGACGCUCUUUGAGAACUUCACCCUCGACAUGGCACGGAUGUGCAAGAAGCGAGAGAAGCGCCUCCCGGACCCCACGCUGGAGAAGUACGUGCUCACGGUGGUGCUGGACACCGUCAAUGCGUUCUUCAGCUCCCCUUUCUCGGAAAACAGCACCUCACUGCAGACCCAUCAGACCAUCGUGGUGCAGCUUCUCCAGUCCACCAUGAGGCUGCUGGAGUGUCCCUGGCUGCAGCAGCAGCACAAGAGCUCGGUGGAGGCCUGCAUCCGCACGCUGGCCAUGGUCGCCAAGAGCCGCUCCAUCGCCCUGCCCAUGGACCUGGAUGCCCACGUCAGCUCUCUGCUCAACAGCAGCUCCACCAGCACCGUGCAGAGGAACACGGCCAGCUACAAGACGGCCACGCGGACCUUCCCCCGCGUCUCCGCCACCCCCAACCAGUGGGACUACAAGAACAUCAUAGAGAAGCUGCAGGACAUCAUCAAUGCCCUGGAGGACCGCUUGAAACCUCUGGUGGAGGCUGAGCUCUCGGUGCUCGUGGAUGUCCUGCACCGGCCGGAGCUGCUCUUCAUGGAAGGGACGGAGGCCUACCAGCGAUGCGAGAGCGGAGGCUUCCUCUCCAAGCUGGUGCAGCACACCAAGGACCUCAUGGAGACGGAGGAGAAGCUCUGCAUCAAGGUGCUGAGGACGCUGCAGCAGAUGCUGGUGAAGAGGAACAAGUACGGCGAGAGGGGCAACCUGCUGCGGAAAAUGCUCCUGAACAAUUACCUGCAGAACAAGAAGUCCAGCUCUAAAGGGGAAAUCGUGGAUGCUGCUGGGGGAGGGCAAGACCAGGACUGGUCGGCUAUCGCUGCUGUCCAGUGCCGGCUGGACCGAGAAGGGGCCACCAAGCUGGUGGCAGACCUCAUCAUGAACACCAAGAACGAGAAGAUUUUCCAAGAGAGCAUCCUGCUCGCCAUCCGGCUGCUGGACGGAGGCAACACGGAGAUCCAGAAAUCCUUUUACAACCUCAUGACCAGCGACAAGAAGUCCGAGAAGUUCUUCAAGGUGUUGCAUGACCGGAUGAAGAAGGCCCAGCAGGAGACCAAGUCUACAGUGUCCGUGAACAUGAGUGACAUCGGGAACAAGCCCCGUGAAGAAAAGGACGAGCCUGAUCCCGGCUCCAAAGGACGAGGAGAGACUUUUGUGAUGCCUGGCACCCCCUCCCGGUACCCAAUGGCGAUAGGAUUCCGGAAAGGCCACGACGCUGGGGAGCAGGGCCAGAACAACGAAAUGGGGGUGACAGUCCUGAUUAUGGAGCCUAUUCUGCGAUUCCUGCAGCUGCUGUGUGAGAACCACAACCGGGACCUUCAGAACUUCCUCCGGUGCCAGAACAACAAGACCAACUACAACCUGGUGUGCGAGACGCUGCAGUUCCUCGACAUCAUGUGCGGCAGCACCACGGGAGGCCUGGGGCUGCUGGGCCUCUACAUCAAUGAGUACAACGUGGCCCUCAUCACCCAGACCCUGGAGACCCUGACCGAGUACUGCCAGGGGCCCUGCCAUGAGAACCAGAGCUGCAUCGUGACGCACGAGUCCAACGGGAUCGACAUAAUCACAGCGCUCAUCCUCAAUGACAUCAGCCCCCUCUGCAAGUACCGGAUGGACCUGGUCCUGCAGCUGAAGGACAAUGCUUCCAAGCUCCUCCUGGCCCUGAUGGAGAGCCGGCACGACAGCGAGAACGCGGAGCGCAUCCUCAUCAGCCUUCGCCCGCAGGAGCUGGUGGACGUCAUCAAGAAGGCCUAUCUGCAGGAGGAGGAGUGCGAGAACGCCGAGGUGUCCCCGCGGGAGGUCGGCCACAACAUUUACAUCCUGGCGCUGCAGCUCUCCCGACACAACAAGUCUCUGCAGCAGCUCCUGAAGCCAGUGAAGCGAAUCCAGGAGGAAGAGGAGGAAGGCAUCUCAUCCAUGCUCAGUCUGAACAACAAGCAGCUCACGCAGAUGCUGAAGUCGUCGGCCCCCGUGCAGGAGGAGGAGGAGGACCCGCUGGCCUAUUACGAGAAACACACGUCCCAGAUCGAGAUUGUGCGCCUGGACCGGAGCAUGGAGCAGAUCAUCUUCCCAGUGCCUGGCAUCUGCGAGUUCCUCACCAAGGAGACCAAGUACCGGCUCUUCACCACCACGGAGCAAGACGAGCAGGGCAGCAAAGUCAGUGAUUUCUUUGACCAGUCGUCCUUCCUCCACAAUGAGAUGGAAUGGCAGAAGAAACUGCGCAGCAUGCCGCUGAUGUACUGGUUCUCCCGCAGAAUGACUCUCUGGGGAAGCAUUUCCUUCAACCUCGCGGUUUUCAUCAACAUAAUCAUUGCUUUCUUCUACCCCUAUGUGGAAGCCACUUCCAUGGGAGUGCUGGAUUCCCCACUCAUCUCCUUGCUGUUCUGGAUUCUUAUCUGCUUCUCUAUCAUGGCCCUGUUUACUAAGCGCUACGGUGUCCGACCACUCCUCGUGGCGCUGAUCCUGCGAUCAAUCUAUUACUUAGGAAUUGGACUCACUCUGAAUAUACUGGGAGCUCUCAAUCUAACCAACAAGAUUGUUUUUGUGGUGAGCUUCGUGGGGAACCGUGGGACCUUCAUUCGAGGCUACAAGGCCAUGAUCAUGGAUGUGGAGUUUCUCUACCACGUUGGCUACAUCCUGACCAGUGUCCUGGGCCUCUUCGUGCACGAACUCUUCUAUAGCAUCCUGCUCUUUGACUUGAUCUACCGUGAGGAGACCUUGUUUAAUGUCAUCAAAAGCGUGACGCGGAACGGGCGCUCCAUCCUGUUGACAGCCCUCCUGGCUCUUAUCCUCGUCUACCUCUUCUCCAUCGUGGGCUUCUUGUUCCUGAAAGAUGACUUCAUCCUGGAGGUGGACAGACUGCCGGACAGCAAAGCCAAAGGUGACCCCUUGGGAAUGCAAAGGAACAUGGAGACUUUCAUGGAGUCAUGCAGUGGUGACAAAAUUAGCUGCUCUGCUGUGCCCACUGCCCUGGAAGAAAGGGACCCUGACCAGUGGGAACGUGCGUGCGACACGCUGCUCAUGUGCAUCGUCACCGUGCUGAACCAUGGGCUGAGGAACGGCGGGGGCGUAGGGGACAUUCUGCGGAAGCCAUCGAAGGAUGAGUCCUUGUUUCCUGCACGGGUUGUCUACGACCUCCUCUUCUUCUUCAUCGUGAUUAUCAUUGUCCUGAACCUCAUCUUUGGGGUCAUCAUCGAUACCUUUGCUGAUCUGAGGAGCGAGAAGCAGAAGAAGGAAGAAAUACUGAAGACCACUUGCUUCAUAUGUGGUCUUGAAAGGGACAAGUUUGACAACAAGACGGUGUCCUUUGAGGAGCAUAUUAAAUAUGAGCACAACAUGUGGAACUACCUGUACUUCAUAGUGCUGGUGCGAGUGAAGAACAAGACGGACUACACGGGGCCGGAGAGUUACGUGGCGCAGAUGAUAAAGAACAAGAACCUUGACUGGUUCCCCCGGAUGCGAGCCAUGUCACUGGUUAGCAAUGAAGGGGAAGGGGAGCAGAAUGAAAUCCGAAAUCUCCAAGACAAACUCAACUCCACGAUGAAGCUGGUGUCCCAUCUCACCUCCCAGCUGAACGAGCUGAAGGAACAGAUGACGGAGCAAAGGAAGCGCAGGCAAAGGAUGGGGUUUGUGGAUGUCCAGAACACCAUGAACCACUAGAACACAGCAGAGUCAGCGCCGUCACCCACCAAGGGACUA